UAAUCUGGCCACUGGCCUUGAAGUUUGUGUUCAGGUCAGAAAGCAAAAAAAUGAGGGAUCAAAACAGGCUGUGUGUAAUUAUGAUUAUAGAAUGUUUGUUUAGGCAAUGAGUGACCCUUAUCAAAAAAGUGAUGUGUUUUGUAAAGUUAUUAGAAAUGUAUGUCUUUGAUGCUGGUAAUUGGCAACCAAUGUGAGGUGGACGUGGUGCGAGUGGUGGAAUGGCAGACGUGGCUGAACUGACACAGACUCACUGCGCACAGGACGCAGGCAACGACGCCGAGAAUGACGCCACUCUACUUUCCACUGACAUCGACGACAACUGUGAUCAAGACAACGACACCUCAGGGUUAGGGGAUAGUACAAAUUAUGAUUCUUGUGAUGGAGCCAUCCCUGUACAUCGAUGUGAUCGCUGUGAGACAUAUGAGACGCUCAGUCAGGCUGCUCUGCUUAGUCACAUGACACAAUGCCAGGGCCAAGCAGAUGGAGAAUCAAACACAAGAGAUGACCGGAAAAUGUUCGAGUGUGAUGUUUGCAACAUGAAGUUUUCGAAUGGUGCUAAUAUGCGGCGCCACAAAAUGCGCCAUACUGGGGUCAAGCCUUACGAGUGUCGAGUUUGCCAAAAAAGGUUCUUCAGGAAAGAUCACUUAGCAGAGCAUUUUACAACCCAUACCAAAACGUUGCCUUACCAUUGUCCAAUUUGUAACAGAGGAUUUCAAAGACAAAUAGCGAUGCGAGCACAUUUUCAAAAUGAGCACGUAGGCCAGCAUGACAUGAUUAAAUCCUGCCCGCUAUGCAGUUAUCGAGCUGGAUCCAUGAAAAGUCUUCGGGUUCAUUUCUUCAACAGACACGGCAUCGAUCUGGACAAUCCGGGGCCGAACAGUGGAUUGGCUCGAUCAAUGCUGGAGGGGGAGAAGGAGGAUAGGGGUGGAGGUGGGUGCAGUGACAGCGGCGACUCGACGGGGGGAGGGGGAGGCACUCGGUCGGCCGACAAUGCCACCCCUCCCAUGCACUUCCUCACACCUCACGUCGAAAUAUCAAUGGCCGAUGCUCCAUCGGGGUCCCAGCCCUACUCACCCAAUAGUCAGAUUCGAGACCAGACUCCGGUGGUGAACUGUUUGUCAGCGAGCGUGGAAGGACUGCAGCGCAUGAAUGGGACGAGCAACAUCAGCUCGCCGCUAGAGGCGAACGGGCCCGAUUGCCCCGGCUCACCUGGCUCCAUGGACUCCAACAGCAACACGGCCUGCAGCAUGCGACAGGAGGCAGAGGUGAGUGCCAUCAUGCCGUCAGUGUCGCUCAUUCCCAUCAAGCAGGAGCCAGACGACGAGAAGCGUUCGAACGGGCCAGUCAACCUGAGUGUAAACCAACGCAACGGACAGCGAGACGCGGGUCCGGCCAACACGCUCACCUCGCUUAUCAAGGUGUCGCCGCUCAAGUCCCUGCUGCGAGAGGACCUCAAGCGCCGCGGGGCCCGGGGCCGGCCCGAAGGGGGCAGCGACACGGUCCCUGUGCCCCCUGCCUGCAAGCCCCCCCGGCUGCCCCCCUCACUGCACUGCGUGUUCUGUGGCAUCGGCUUCCCCGACCAGACGCUCUACUUUCUCCACAAGGGCUGCCACUCCGAGGCCAACCCCUGGAAGUGCAACAUAUGCGGCGAACAGUGCUGCAACGUCUACGACUUCAACUCACAUCUAUUGAGCAAAACUCAUCAGUAAACAACUGUAGUUAAACCAUCCUUAUUCCGACAAUAUUCACUUGGAAUGGUCAAACUCAAAUUUAUUUUUUUUAAUUAAAAACUAGGUCGUGUCGUUCCAAGUCGUUUUAUUCAAUAUCCGUACACAGGAAUUCAUUCGGACAAAUUUAAUUUUGGCUAACUCUCUUUUGUAUCAUUUUUACCAAACUAUCAUAAUCAUUUUACUGACUAUAAUACCACUCCAACCACUUACCGGCUUUCAAGCUAUUACAUGAUGUAUUAUCCACACCCAAGUUCAAAAAGUUGGACUUUAUUCUGCAUACCGCAUCACAUGAAAUUACUUCAUCAUGACUUGAGAUGGUCACCAACUCAAACUUAUUUUAAAAAUAUUUAUGAAUAUCGGGGCACCGAGCUUUGCUCGUUAUUUUUAUUUAUUGACUAGCUGACCCGGCGAACUUCGUACCGCCAAAUGGUUUAAUGCAUCUCAUGACAAACUUUAGCUGGAUGCACACCUGAGGAGGCGCGAUGCGGUAUUUUAUUUAUAUAGAUAAUUUUCCAACUGCAAAAUAAAUAAUUUACUAAAAAUCAAUUAAUUCUGAACACCAAAGACUGCACAAUUAUUCGAAACAAAGCAAUGUCUUUAGAGCAUGUAAGUCUUUAACCUGAGGUCGCAUCGGCACUGCUGGAUGGUUUCACACUGAACAGUCACUUUGUUAUUAGUCGACGCGUUUAGAAUAAAAUACAUCGGUUGUUAUGGAGGAGCACACAUUUUUGUCUUCUAUCUACCGACGGCUGUUGUAUGACGUAAUGAUUAUAACAGCUGAAUUUUAUUUCUGUGUGUGGCCAGUUCACAAAUCUUCUCCCAUAAGGAUUACAACAUGUAAACUUUGAAGGACCGUAGGAAAGAGUCCUGAAGUCGGAUUAUAAAGUUGAUAGGCCAUAAACCUGGUCCUGAACAUAACAAACACAACUAAAAAAGAAUCAUCAAAUUCGGUGCACACAUAAAAAAGUUAUUGAAUGUCAAAAUUUGAGGCUCAAUUUUUUUAUAAGAAGUUAAACAGAACACAAUUCUCUAAAAUGAUAGUGUUCAUAUUUCACAGCUGGCUAUAUGUCAUCUUAUGAAUUUCGGGGAUGCGAUAUUUUGAUUUUUCACAUACUCACUCGCUCACUCACUUUUUUACUAUCCACAGCUGUUUCAGCCAAGGAUGAAUUAUCCUUUUAAUGUCGUUCAGCGAGUUUUCCCAAGGAUGAGACCUAGUGUAGCUUAAUCGAAUCUUUAUAUAAUAAACCUACUAUGUACCAAAUUUCGUGAAAAUCGUUAAAGCCGUUUUCGAGAUCCGUUAAACAUAAAUAACCAGUUAUAAAAAUAACCAGAUAUAUAAAUACAGAAAUUGCUCGCUUAAUAUGAUAGGAUAAAUCAAGUUUAUUGCAUGCAUCACACAGAUGUCUCGAGAAGCCGUGUCUAUUAUUAUUUUUGAGAACAGGUGACACCAGAUACUUGUGAAUUAGAAAACUGCGUGAGGUCUGCUGUUCACAGAACUACUUGUAAUAAUAUUCGUAUGGCUUUUAUUGGUGGGGAGUCCCUGACGGAAGUUCCAACUCGCCUGAAUAUAUAAUUUAAGCUGUCAAUGGGUCUUACGACUAUCAUACUUCAGCCGGAACCGACAGUUUAACGUGCCUAUCCGAUAACUCGGGAGUGGCCCGGUCAAAAACUUUUGGUGAUGAGCGGAUUUGAGCCGGGGAUCUCGAGACAAGCACUCUAUCCACUAGACCAUGGAUCACUCCAAUCAAGAGCUAAUAUAUUACGAUGUUGUUAUGUAGAAACGGGAGUGCAAUUGGAACAGCAUUAUGUACUGAACUUGGAUCAAAUAAUGGAAUGAGGAUGGUUUACUAUAUGUAUAUCCAUUUACUCUAAACUAGUCAAUCUCUGAGAAUAAUUUUCAUUGAUGAGUAGAUGCUAGUGCCCCUUUUAUCACCAGCUAGCUGAUCUGUACAGUUUUCGGCUCACUUUAUCUUAUAUUAUUAUCACAUUAUAAGGAACUGAGAUUGGAUUCAUCCUAGUGCCAGCAGUUUUAGACAACCUUAUUUUAUAUCCUUGUAAUGGUGUGUUUUCAAUUGGAGUCACAUAGAUAACGUCACAUUAGAUCAGUCAUCUACAAUAUAAGAAUAGUACUGUAUUUGAGCUUCUUGAAAUGCUCAAAACCUGUUAUAUCUGAAUGAUUUUCAUAACAUGAAUGUAAAUCCGCAUCCUGUGCGCACUAGUCUUCAUGAAUCCAUUCAAUUCGGUUCCGAUGCCAUUUUUUCUGUAAAUAAGAUUACUUGAAUUAAUUUAUUGAUAUAUACAUCGUAAUAAUUGAUGUUUGUUGUUGUUAUUAUGUGUAUAAAGGUACUUACCUAAAUUUUGAACAAAGUAUUUUUCUAUAAAUAUUUUUAUUUUUAAAAACGUGUCAUUUUUCUUGUGUAGUUAAUGUACUAAUAUUGCAUAUUGGAAAUAUUUUUGUAGUUGAUAAAAUCUAAUAUUUAUUAUAUUGUACGUAAACCGUCAUUAAAAUCAAAGAAAUGUUCAAGUUAUAAAUAUAAGUAUCUCCUUGAUUAAUUCAUAGGAUUACCUUACGUUCAAUCGUUAUUUUGUACUUAAUUUUAUUGCAAUAUUAACAAUGACACUGCAAUAUAAUUCGCAGUGUUAAUAAUAAUUUCAUGAAUCAUUUAUUCAUUUAAGUUAUUUUCAUAUCAUUGAUGAUUUGUGCCAAUGUCAAUGAUUUAAUUGUUUUGACAAAAUUCUAUUUGAAAAUAUUAGUUGAUAGUUUUUCUGUCUGCAAUUACAAUAGUCCAGUUAUUUAUGUUCUAAACUCAUAUUGCCAUACAUGGCCAGGCAUGACAUCAUACUGUAUCAUUCUGUUAAUUUGAUGAAUGGCCUUUGCUAGUAUUCAAAAAUUAUUGAUUCAAUUUUUUAUUAGAAAAUUAAUUGAAGAACCUACUGUAACGUAACUAAUGAAUGUUUGCUAAAUAACUUUAAAUACAGUAUAUCUGUGGUGGCCUUAUACCAAUAGUUGUUCAUCCUUUGUUGUUAUUAAUAUAUUUAUAAUUCUGUGUACCAAGUACGGCAAUCAUUUGUGACCAAUCAUUUGUCAGAUAUAUAAUAUAUUUUGUGUGUUAUGUAUUAUAGUCUGUUUAUCUCUGUUCAAAGAUCCUAUACCAAAUGGCUAUACCAAACUUUAAAAAUAAUAAUUAGAAUUCAAUUAAAUUUAUUUAUCACUGUAAUUGACAUUUUAUCCCAGGAAUUGUUGUAUUUUCUAAAUAUUUUAUUUUCCAAUACUCAUAAGCUUUUUAAACUUUCAGUGUGUAUUUUCAUUCAAUCGGUCAUGUCCACAUGCUAAGCUAUACGUUCUUUGAUGAAAUUCAAAUACUGUUUGAGAAAAUGUUUAAAUCAUGGUCUUGUUUGAUCUUGAUGAACUCUUUGAACUCAUCGUCUCAUAAUGAUAGCAAAGCUGGGCUGUUUCCUUUUUGUGCUUUUGAUUACAUGUCUUUUAUGGUCUUACAAGCAGAUCGUAUUAAAAAUGGAAUAUAGAAGUGAUGGAGAGAUUUAAUAAAUAUGAGAUUACAUUUAUGCUGUAUUAAAUGUGGUAUGAUGAUUAACAAUUGUAUUGAUAGAAAUUAUUGAAAUAAUAAUAGUUUAAAUUUAUAGAGUGAGCCAUAUUUAUGUUAUGGGCAUCACACAUCAACACAGCAUAGUGACCGUCGUGUCUACCAAUGACAGAUUGAUUAACAUUAGGAGAUGCGUCGGCUACGUCUUUCUAAAGACGUAUCUCGAGCUACGCGAUGCGAUGUUGCUGUGUGAUGCUCUUUAGAUUGCGCAUCUAAAUAUUAUUUCUUACUUACUGGAUCAGGCAUCACAGCUAUGAAAAGAAAAGAGGCAUUGAAACAACCUGAAUCUUCUUUACCAAAAUGAAGUCAAAUACAAGUUUAAUGAUUUCCAUUGAAAAAUACUAAAAGUAAAAUUAUAAUUUAAAAUUGAAAAUGUUGAAAAUAAUAUUGAACUAAUCUUGAAAACUUUUCUCACUAUAAGCUACUUGCACUGAAACUAUUGAUGCCUUAUAAAUUGUGAAUCUUUGGGUGCCUUCAUAUAAAACUACAGCAGUCAUGAUUGGAAAAGCAUUUUAAAUCUUAGUUGAAGCUAUGCUAUCAAAAGCUUAACAAUCAUGACUUCUCUAAAAAAAUCACCAUAUCUUUGAAUUACCCUUGAUUGUAUUAUCCUGAUAUAGGCUCUUAGAGAGUUAUUAGAUGAAUUUUCAGGUACUAUAUACAGUAAAUAUCGAUAUAAUAUAUUUAUAUUUUAUUAACAGAUAAUUAUUGAAGCUUUGUUGUUUAGAUAAGUGAAUUUAUGAAAUAUUGUCUAUAUAAUGAUUGUGUGUCUUGCAUUCAAUGUCAACCAUUGUUUCCGUCCAAUUGUUGAAUUUAAAGUACCUAAGGUUAAUAAUAUUUAUAAAAUUUCUACAUUAAGUAAACGUUUUAGGAGUGAGGGUGGUUCCCAUCAGCUUAACGCUCUUUUAAAAAGGAUAGGAACAUUUUUUAAGUGGAAGCCCAACGUUUCAGGGAAGGGUCUAAAAAACUGGAACAAAUGAUGAUGUACAGUAAUUGAGGGAUGCUCUCAUUGAUAAUCUUAGUUUACUUGUGGUGAGCCUUAACGUACCACAUGAAUAACGUCAUUCGUUUGAUAAAUAUGACCUCAUUUAUCAUCUGGAGGGAUUGCAAAAUAUUUUGAUUUAUUCUGUGCCAUAUCUACUUGCAAAGUUUUUCAUCCUCAAGAUUGAGAUGCUUCAAAUUCGAUAUUAUUUUUUAUUCAAGUUGCUUCUAUCAAUUUGUUCUAAUCAAAAUUACUAUUCAAUCUACAGUUGAAGAACUCAAAAUUUCCGAAUCCAUAGUAAACCCAUUAUUAUUGAGGGUUUACAAUUGUUUGAACAUCAAUUAAUAUUUCUCUGAAUUAUCAUAAAUCAUAUUGAUCAACCAGUUGGAUGUUCUUUUCUCAUAUAUAUUUCAAUCAUUAUUAUUAUAUGUCAGUUGUUUUGGAUGUCUUUUUAUUUUUGCUCAAUUAAAUUUCUAAAUUUCCUAGCUGACCGAAAUUUGUAUAGUGAAAAUCUUUUCUAUAGAAUCUAUUAAAAAAAUAAAUCAAAUUAAAUCUUGCCAGUUACCCCCUUGAAUAAGUACCCAACAUUUCAAUGAGUUGAAUAUGAAGUAGAAUUCGUCUAACAAAAUAAAUCGCUUGUUGAAAUUUUAGUGCUCAAACUAAACUAGUGCUUCUUUUAACUGUAAAUUGUGUUAUUAAUUUUAAUGUGUCUUUAAAUUCUCAUUCUUAUAGAUAUUAUCACUGUCUCCUUGAUUCGACUAAUUGGUUCUGAUAAUACCAUGAAAAUAAUGCGAAGCUUAUUAUCUUUGUCUCUAUUAUAAACAUAAAUUAGACUCGUAAAAAUUAUUUUUCUCGAAGUAGCUUUUAGUUAUCUAUCCUGUUUAAAGCUUGGUUGGGAAUUGGUCUCAUCUCUUCAAUUUCUCAACUCUCAUUGGAUCAACAAAUUCAAUAAUACUAUUCAAGAUUAUUUAAUUCCACUACUAAAGAUGCGAACAAAACGAGUAAGUCGCGGUGAUGAUCGAUGCCACUAAAAAUCUUUGCAACCAUGAAAGCGUUUGGUGGUAUACUGUAGAUAUAAUAGAUAUACCGUAGAGCAAUGCUAGCGAGCUGAAAUCUACUUUUCGACCUAACCGUUCCGUUUGUACCCUCAUGCUUAUUCAAGAGCCUAUGGCUCAUGCGAGCAUUAAAAAUUCGUAUUAUAAUGGCUCAUGCGAGCAUUAAAAAUUCGUAUUAUUACUUUUGAUAAAACAUGUCAACCCUUCCAUCGAAUCUGAAUUCAAUUUUAGUUUUAUUGUGGUACUUCAAGACAAAAUUAAAUGCUAAACUUGAUAGUUCUGUACAUCAGAACAUGAAAUUUGACAUUCGAAUAUCUCGGGCAUUUAUAAAACUUGUAUGGGACCAAGCUUUUACUCUUACUAAAUCUUUAACCUCCCUUAUUUUCUCAAUACUAAUAUAUUUAAGAAACUGCUCAAAUAACAAUAGUUAAUUUUAGUUGGAGUGUUUUUGUUAAUGUUACGAAAUCAGUGUCAGCACAUGUAGUUCAACAAUGCCUUCUUGAUGAAGGAAGAAUCUAUAAAUAAUCGAGAAAUUCACAGCGGCUCAACAAUAUUUUUUUCAUUCAAAUCCUUGAAAAGGAAUAAAAUUUGAAAUUAACAGGAUUAAUCAGUGUUUAAAGUGUACAAGUGUGCAAGUUGUACAUCUUGUUGCCUAUUUCUAUUAUUUUUGUAGAGGUUCUUUUAUUUACCGGUAGAAAAUGUAUAUUAGAUUAUCCUUUAUCAUUAUGGAUUACCAAUUCAAAACAAAAAUAUGUUUAUUCCAGUUUUGAAAAUUACAUAAACUUAUUAUAUUUUUUCUAAUGACAAAAUUUUCAAAAAAAUUUUAAAAACAAGAAAUUUUCACAGGAUCACUGUGGGAACUUAUAUAAAUUACAUAAUUCACUGGUAUCUGUAACGUAAGAUUAGAUAGACAACAUUUAUAAAGAUAAUAUUUGAGUAGUGCUGUGUUGAUUCAUCAUAGUGAUUAUUGAUUGCAUGAUAAGCUAUUAUUUUCAAUGUUACUUUUUCAGUACGGUAGAUGCAAUUACUCUAUUAAAUCUCUCAAAUAGUUGAAUCUGUUCUUUUCUUUUAAAAGAAGCUAUAGAAAUAUAGUUUCAAAUGAAGGUUUCAACUUCUUGAGUAGGAGGUAUGAUCCAAGUACAAAAUAAAACAAUGCUAUUCAAAAUAAUGAACUUCUCUCAUACUCAAUUGAUUUGUGUUUUUGAUAGAAGUUUUGCUGUAUUUGUUAGUAUAUACUUGCUGAUGGGAUACAAAAAACAAAUAUAGCACUCUUCAGAAAAACCUAAUUUUUCAACUUGAUGUAAUGUAAAUUUUUAAUCGAAUUCUCCUGCAAAAUCAGAUAAUUUCUACCACUCAAUACAUCACUUGAAAAUAAUUUAUUUUUCUCAAUAACUUGUCAUUUGCUCAAUCUUAUUGAAUGGUAAAUAAUUGAAGUUCACCAUGUAAAGGUGAUUUUUCGUUUGUGCGUAAAUGUUUUUGUCGACCACGAUAGGGGGAGGAUCUCAGAUCGGCUAGUUUUCAAUUUGUCUAAAUAACCUAAAAGGUUCUGUUUAAUCAUACUUAUUUUCUUGUACUGAAGAUAUUGUUGCUGUAUUAACUCCUCCUCUAGGAUUGUUAGAUGUCCAUAUUAGAGGAGUAGUUUUCAGGGAAAUAUAUUGUAAAAUGUACAUACAUUUUAGAUGGUAAUAGUAAUAUAUAUAUGUUGAUAUUAUUCUAAAUUUCUUGAUAAUAAUAUUAUCAUAGAUAAUAAACACAAAUAAUAGAAAAUUAUUUAAUCAUAUAUUUUAACCAAAUUUGAAAUUUGGACAUUAUGAAUGUCACCCGACAACAAUUUCUGUCUUGGUCGAGGUCGGCAUUUUACGCACGAACCAAAUCUACCUUAAGGUGUUAUAGUUUAGUCUUAAUAUUGUAUUAUGUUGAACAUUCUUUAUAUUAUUGAGAAUUUUGAAUAACGUUCUUUGUUUAUAAACAAAGUAGAAAUACCGAAUUGAUCAUCUCAAUGCUCUUUUGAGCUCUAAAUUUAAAUUUUUUGGAGUUCAUUAUUGUAUUGAAAAAAAUUAAUAUACAUGUUUACAUUGUGAAAAGUAAAACGUUGUACAUUUCUCAUUCUUGGUUAAAAUGAGAUUCCAUUCUUGAAGACGGCUUAGAAAUUCAACACUCAAUAACUAACGUUUUUUAGUAAGACAUUCAUGUUGACCAGUCCAAUCUUGAGUGUCUUAUUGUUCUUUACUUAGAAUCAUUUUAUUUUAAUAAUAAUUAUUAUUAUUUUACUAUUUUAAAAAUGAAUCUCCAUGUCGAGUAAUAUAUAUCUAAUUUUUAUCAAUAUUUAAAUUUUAAAAUUGUUUCAUUAUUUUAAAUUCAUUCUUCUGUUGAUUUCCAUUUAUUGUUUGCUGUGAAUGAACAUUCCAUUUUUGUGUCACUCAUUUGAAAGGUUGUUGCAAAAUUAAAUGUUAUGAUGUGGUUGUUUAUAACUGAAUUUGAUUAUUAAAAUUGUUUUGAUUGA